GGAGCCUCAGGACACAACCCUACGCCCCGCACGGCAGAGGCGCACCCCGUCGGACCCGCCCCGCGCUCUGGCCAAUCAGCGGGUGCCUGCGCAGCCUUCCAGGGAGAAGGCUAGUGCAAGAUGGCUGCGGCGGGUAGAAGCGUGAAGGGCUUGGUCGCAGUAAUAACCGGAGGAGCCUCAGGCCUGGGCCUGGCCACAGCGGAGCGACUGGUGGGGCAGGGGGCCGCUGCUGUGCUUUUGGACCUGCCCAGCUCAGGUGGGGAGGCCCAAGCCAAGAAGUUAGGAAAGAGCUGCGUCUUUGCUCCAACCGACGUGACUUCUGAGAAGGAUGUGCAAACAGCCCUGACUUUAGCAAAAGAAAAAUUUGGCCGUGUGGAUGUUGCUGUCAACUGUGCAGGCAUUGCAGUGGCCAUCAAGACAUACAACUUAAAAAAGAGCCAAGCCCAUACCUUGGAGGACUUCCAGCGAGUUAUCAAUGUGAAUCUCAUAGGCACCUUCAAUGUGAUCCGCCUGGUGGCUGGUGAGAUGGGCCAGAAUGAACCAGACCAGGGAGGCCAACGUGGGGUCAUCAUUAACACUGCUAGUGUGGCUGCCUUCGAAGGCCAGGUUGGACAAGCUGCGUAUUCUGCUUCCAAAGGGGGCAUAGUAGGCAUGACACUGCCUAUUGCUCGGGAUCUGGCUCCCAUAGGCAUUCGUGUGAUGACCAUUGCUCCAGGCCUAUUUGGCACCCCCCUGCUGACCACCCUCCCAGAGAAGGUGCGCAACUUCUUGGCCAGCCAAGUACCCUUCCCCGGCCGACUAGGAAACCCUGCUGAGUAUGCUCACCUGGUUCAGGUCAUCAUCGAGAACUCUUUCCUCAAUGGAGAGGUUAUCCGGCUGGAUGGGGCCAUCCGCAUGCAGCCUUGAAGGGAAAGGCAGAGAAAACACGCUCCUCUGCCCUUCCUUCUCCUGGGGUACUACUCUCCAGCUCAGGAGGAAGCCUGGUAGUCAUUUUGUAACUAUCCAUCAAUCACCCUCUGUGCCUAAUAAAGUCUCUGUUUC